CAUAUUCACCAUUACGUCAUUUGCCUGCGACACUAGGGCCGUUUCAUACUCGCAUCUGUUCAAUGGCUUCUAAACGACUCUCAGGCGAGGGCGGAAAAAUGGAGAAGAAAAGGAAGAAGAAGAAGAUUUGUUUUGAAUCAGCUGAACUGAGUAAAGUUGUAGAAGAAGAGCAGGUGAAGAAGUUGGUGAAGGAGGCAUGGAGCCAGAGGAGUCCUUACAGUCAGGGAGAUCUGGAGCUGGACUGUCAGCCUUUUCCUCACUGCAUCAUCAGAAACUUCCUUAGCAGCGAGACCUUUGUAGAGAACCUGCAGAAAGAACUACUGGGGCUGAAUUUCCAUGAGAAAUCAAACGACCUGUACAAAUUUAAACAGUCGGACGACUUGAAGAAAAGGACGGAGCCACAUAUCGCAGGACUGAGGGCAGCGCUGUUUGGCCCUUUCCGCUCCUGGCUCGGGGAGGUGUUGGGGGUUGAACUGGAGUCCACAGUGGAUAUCUCCUGUGCUAAAUAUGAACACACAGAUAUUCUUUUGUGUCAUGAUGAUGAAUUAGAGGGGAGGCGCGUUGCUUUCAUUCUUUAUCUUGUCCCUCCUUGGCAGAGCAGCGAUGGAGGAACACUUGAUCUUUACACAACAGACAGUAAUUUUCAACCAAAGAGCAUCUUAAAGUCUCUGGUUCCAUCUUUGAACACACUUGUCCUCUUUGAAGUGUCUCCAGUCUCUUUUCACCAGGUGUCAGAGGUUUUGACACAAGACAAGUGUCGUCUUUCCCUGAGCGGCUGGUUUCACGGACCUUCUUUGGAGCGUUCCCCUCGCCACAUAGAGCCCCCUGUUCCAAGGAAUCCCCACUUACCCAGAGAUGAAACCCUGCUGUUGGAGUGGAUCAAUCCAGUGUAUCUGGACAUAGCCUACCAAGAGCAGGUUCAGGGGGAGUUUGAGGACAGCUCUGAAAUCCAGCUGAAAGAUUUUCUCAAGGAGGAGAAGUUCAGGGAGGUGAGUGAGGUACUGAGACUCAAUCAGAUACAGUGGACAAAGAGAGGUCCGCCCAAUAAGAGAUGCUAUGAAGUGGCUUCUCUGGAUACCUUGCCACAGUGUGUGAGUGCCUGCUGGGAGCUGCUUCAUUCAGAGGCUUUCUUCCUGCUUCUCUCCAACUUCACCGGCCUUCAACUACACUACCUGUGUCCUGCUGAUGAUGAUGAUGAUGAUGAUGACGAUGAGGAUGAAAAAGAAGGCAACCAAGACAAGGAGGAGAAAGAGGAUGUUAAGGAUGUACAAGCAACAGGGUCUUUGACUGAAACGUCAGAAACCACAAAUGAAAAGAAAGAACUGAGCACACCUGUAUGUAGUGCUGAGCUGCGUCGAUGGUCUCAUGGCAGCUACACUCUGUUGCACGAUGGAGAGGCAGCACGGGCAGAGUACGCUCUAGACCUUAUUUUGCCUUUUGGAUGUGCUGACUGGCAGUCAGAGUAUGGGGGCUUCACGUGCUAUGUUGCUAAUGAGGAGGAUGAAGAGCUUCUGACAGUGUAUCCAGAGGAUAACUGCCUCGCCCUUGUCUACAGAGACAAAGAAACUCUCAAAUUUGUCAAACAUGUCAACCAGAAAAGCUCCAGUGAUUCUACCUGCAGAGCAUUUUAUGACUACUCUUUUGUGUACUAUGAAUAAAUACAUUUAUCUAUCCUCUA